GAUAUUCUUUUCAACAUCCUGCCCAAGUGUGAGUGUUACUUUGGAAAGUUUAUUAUCCCGUCUUAGAAUUGCGAGCAGCUGGUAUAUACCAUCGUCUCCCCUUCAAAUCUGUUGUCUGCGAUUACGAAGCACAGUAGUUUUUCUUCGCAAUUAACUAUGGCUACUGAUAAAUUGGACCAGGUUUUUCGGAAGAUUGAUGAGCUUGCUGCCGCUACCGCUCCCAACUUUAACAUUAUCCAUGAUCGACUCGCACCCGCGAUCAAGAUCCCAUCGAUCUCUUCCGAGCGGACGAUCGAAGGGCGUAACAAUGUGGUUGCUAUGACGGAUUUUCUGGAAGAUCAACUCACGAAGUUGAAUGCAUCUGUGGACCGACAUUCGUUGGGGAAAGAACCAGGAACAGAACUUCAGUUGCCGGAUGUUAUCAUUGCCAAAUAUCCAAAGGCGUAUGACAGUAAGAAGAAGACUGUUUUGAUUUAUGGCCAUUAUGAUGUUCAGCCUCCGGGAGAAGGCUGGGACACCGACCCCUGGACCAUCACAGAAAAAGGCGAAGAUCCAGACAAGAAACUUUACGGGCGAGGGUCUACCGACGACAAAGGACCCGUGCUCGGCUGGCUCAACGCACUCCAAGCGUAUCAGGAAGCAAAAGUCGACGUCCCGGUCAAUCUAAUAUUUUGUUUCGAAGGAAUGGAAGAAUCUGGAUCCACCGGAUUCGCAGACUUUGCAAUCGCUAACCCCAAAAUCUUUGAACAUGUCGAUGCUGCAUGCAUCUCUGACAAUUAUUGGCUUACGACCAAGAAACCUUGCUUAACAUACGGACUCCGCGGUAUCAAUUAUUUUAACCUCACAGUGGAACAUGCAGGUGUUCAACUCCACAGUGGAAUGUUCGGAGGCUGUGUAUAUGAGCCCAUGACGGAUCUAGUGAUUUUGCUUUCGAAACUUGUGGACUCUCAGGGUAAAAUCUUGAUCCCGGGGAUUAACGAACUUGUGGAUGAUGUGUCCAAGGAAGAGUUUGAGGAAUAUGCCACGAUAGAGUUUACGACCCAAGAUUUUCAACAGACUAUUGGCAGCGAUGCGAAUAUCUAUAAUGAUCCCAAGAAAACUCUUAUGCACAGGUUUAGGUAUCCGUCUCUCACCAUCCACGGCAUCGCAGGGGCAGAUUCAAGCCCAGACCAAACCACCGCCAUCUACCCCAAAGUAACCGCCAAAUUCUCCAUCCGCACUGUGCCAUCCAUGGAUCAGGAGACCGUCUCUGAUCUCACCAUCAAUUAUCUCUACCAAGAGUUUGACAAACUUGGAAGUAAAAAUACAUGCACAGCGAAACAGUUUGGAGAAACUGCUCCGUAUUGGCUUGCAUCGCCUGAUGAUGCAAAUUAUAAGGCUGGCAAGGCGGCUACGCAGAAAGUUUAUCAUACGGAGCCUGAUUUGACGAGAGAGGGCGGAAGUAUUGGAGUAACACUUGAUUUGCAAAAGGCUCUAGGAGAUAAGAGUAUCAUGUUAUUGCCAGUAGGAAUGUCAGAUGAUGGGGCCCAUGGUCCGAAUGAGAAACUUAACAAGAGGAACUAUAUUGAGGGGAGCAAAUUGCUGGGAGCUUAUUGGUGGUUUUUUGCCAAUCCUCUAUCCUAGUUUGCUUUCAAUGGCUACUGACUGCUUUCGACACUUGCGAACAGUUAAAUUGAAACACAGUAACAAUAAAAUAUCUAAUCCAUCCACCAUCAACUUUCCUCCUACUUCAAAAGCACAAACAGCAGCACUUGACGAAUAACAUAUACACCCCUUCUGAACAGCGUGUUCAAUAGUUUGGAUUGUUGUUCAAUAGUUCGGAUUGUAGUUCAACAAUUAAAAUAAAGAAUUUAACUAAAACACCA